GCAAUGGGAUUUAGUAAUUUUUGCAGUACAGACAUGAGCUAAUAAACUCGUAUUGUCCCUUUCCUCCGCUCGUCUUCCCCUCGCCCACUCGGUUCCGCUUCACCCUCCCGUCGCUAUUGCCCCACGCGCUGCUCGCAAAAUUCUUUGCGUCAUUCGUUUGGACGAAUUCAAAUCCGAGCUCUCGUGUCACUCCCAGCGCCAAAUCCGCGCGCCGAUUCGGCUCCAAAUUGGAACCCGUAUGCGCUCGCCAUGUUCACGGAGGGGCUAGAUCGCGACGCGCUCAAGUGGGUGCGGGAGGGCCAGGGAGCGGCGCUGCACAGCCACGACCGCAUGGACGCCCUCCGCGCCGUGCGCGGCGCAGCCGGCCGCGGAAGCCUCGGCAUGCCGCCGCCGGAGAAGUUCCGGAGCGGGCAUAUACCGCACGCGGCUGUGCCGCUGUCACGCGCCUCGCUGCGCAGCGACGACGGCAGCGCCGCCUCGGGAUCCGACAUGGACGAGUCGUUGGACACCGAGGAGGUCGAGGCCGCCAGCGGCAGGUACUCAGUGGACUCGUCACCCUGCCGUGACAACAUUCCUCGCCGCACCGCCGUGCCCCUUUACCGGUACGCUACCGUGCCUGGGCAGCAGCACUAUUACUCCACUGAUGAUGGUUAUUCGGAUCUGAGUUCUUCGAGAGACACGGCACUGCCAAGGGCGAAGACACAGCAGUUGCGGCGCCCACAUGCACGGGUUGUUGGGUACGUUGAGGAAGAGUACUCAGACUCCGCAGGCAGCUCCGAGUUUUCUAGUCAGGUGGAAGGACGGAGCAAUGGUGUGGUAUCGAAGGGUGGGUAUGCAUCAGAGUACUCCCAUACUGGCCCAGCCCGAAGAGAAGUGAGCAAUGCAGUUCCUAAGACUCGUGUGACGGCUGCAGAGAACUACAGCAGCAAUGCACCUCUAAAUUCGAGAACCUUCCAGUCAGAUAGCUAUUCUGCUCAAGUUCCUGCUCGAGAGGAUGGGAAAUCAACGCCUAAAAUGGAUGGGUUGUCUGAUGUCCCCAGUGCACCUCCCAUACAUGAUUAUGACCAGGAGCAUAGCCCAGCUACUCACCAUGUUACCAGGUUUUGUGCCGAUGCAAAUUCAUCUGAUGGCUUAACCGCCAAAAAAGAAAACCACCAUGAAGAUAAUGGGGGAGCUAGCUUACCUAACAAAAAUGGAAGCACUGUAAAUGCGGGAGACACAAGCAGGCCAUCUAGUUCAAUUCCUCUUCGAGUCCCAACCUUUCAUGCCAGUUUGCAAGGACCCUGGUAUUCUGUACUUGCUUAUGAUGCUUGUGUUCGCCUGUGCCUUCAUGCGUGGGCUAGAGGCUGUAUGGAAGCUCCGAUUUUUCUGGAAAAUGAAUGCACACUGUUGCGAAAUACAUUUUGCUUGCAAAAUAUCUUGCUACAAUCAGAAGAGGAGCUCCUGGCGAAGCGCACAUCGGAACUAGUUAGUGAAGGAGCUGCAUCAAAACCGAAGAAAACAAUUGGCAAAAUGAAGGUUCAAGUUCGCAAAGUUCGGAUGUCUGUCGAUAUGCCUUCUGGUUGCAGUUUGUCAUCAUUGCCAAUGGUGAAACUGGAUUCAGUUCGGUACCGUUUAUCCAAUGUACAAUCCACGCUUUCAUCUGGAUGGGAGUCCGUACGAAGAGUUCGAGUUUUACCACAGCUUCCUGCUAACAGUUCCUUCUCAAAGCAUAGCUUAGCAUACAUGCAAGCAAGUGCUCAGUAUAUCAAGCAGGUGUCCGGCCUGUUAAAGGUUGGUGUAACUACUCUUCGGAGCAGUUCAUCCUAUGAAGCACCGCAAGAGACAUACUCCUGCCAACUGAGGCUUAAAAGUUCACCUGAAGAUGAUGUGGUACCGAUGCAACCAGGAUCUGGUGAAACCCAUGUCUUCUUUCCUGACAGCUUGGGAGAUGAUUUGAUUAUCGAUGUGUCUGAUUCAAAGGGAAAGCCCUGUGGGCGUGUUGUUGCUCAAGUUGCUACAAUGGCAGAGGAUCCUGCUGACAAACUUCGCUGGUGGUCAAUAUACCGGGAACCUGAGCAUGAACUUGUGGGUCGCAUACAGCUAUAUAUUCACUAUACAACUGCUGCUGACGAGAACAACAUGAAGUAUGGUUCUGUUGCAGAAACUGUGGCAUAUGAUAUUGUUUUGGAAGUUGCAAUGAAAGCGCAGCACAUUCAGCAACGAAGUCUUGUCUUGCAUGGCUCUUGGAAAUGGUUAUUGACAGAAUUUGCAUUGUACUAUGGGGUUUCAGAUGCCUACACGAAGUUGAGGUAUCUCUCGUAUAUCAUGGAUAUUGCAACCCCUACUGCUGAUUGGCUCAAUCUGGUUCAUGAGCUUUUGUUACCAAUACUGAUGACGAACCAUGGCACUGCUACUCUCAGCCAUCAAGAGAACCGCAUACUGGGGGAAGUCGAGGAGCAAAUCGAGCAAACUCUAGCAAUGGUUUUUGAGAAUUACAAGUCGCUAGAUGAGUCUGUGCCAUCAGGUUUAGGGGAAGAAUUUAGGCCUCCAACUGGAUUGGCCGCUGCUGCUCUGGAACCAGGUAUUAAGCUGUACAGUCUUCUCCAUGAUGUACUAUCUCCUGAGGCUCAACUAAGAUUGUGCGGUUAUUUCCAGACUGCUGCCAGGAAGCGAUCAAGGCGGCACAUGCUUGAGACUGAUGAAUAUGUAGCAGGAAAUUCUGAAUGCAUCAAGGUGGAUUUGGUGACCAUUACGACGGCUUACCAGAAGAUGAAAUCAUUAUGCAACAAUCUGCGUAAUGAAAUUUUUACAGACAUUGAAAUUCAUAAUCAGCACAUACUUCCCAGUUUUGUUGACCUCCCAAAUUUGGCUGCUGCCAUCUAUAGUGUGGAGUUGUCAAAUAGACUGCGUGGUUUUCUUGUUGCAUGCCCUCCUGCUGGCCCUGCAUCUCCUGUUGCAGAUUUGGUGAUUUCUACCAAUGAUUUUCAGAAGGAUCUUGCUAGCUGGAAUAUCUGCCCUAUAAAAGCUGGUGUUGAUGCAAAAGAGUUGUUUCAUUUGUACAUUGUGUUAUGGAUUGAGGACAAACGCAGGAUGUUACUAGAAAAUUGCAGACUGGAUAAGGUCAAAUUGUCAGGAGUUAGGACUCAGCAUAUGACAACACCUUUUGUGGAUGAGAUGUAUGAUUUACUGAAGAAUACAUUGACAGAGUAUGAGGUUAUCAUUUGCCGAUGGCCAGAAUACAUAUUUGUUCUUGAGAAUGCUAUUGCAGAUGUUGAAAAAGCAGUGAUAGAGUCUCUGGAAAAACAGUAUGCGGAUGUUUUGGCUCCACUAAAGGAUUGUAUUGCCCCAAAGAAAUUUGGUCUCAAAUAUGUCCAGAAACUCACAAAGCGCAAUUCAACGGUGCCCUAUAUUGUACCUGAAGAUCUGGGCAUUCUCUUGAAUACAAUGAAAAGACUACUUGAUGUUUUGCGGCCAAGGAUUGAGAGUCAUCUGAAGUCAUGGAGUUCGUGUAUACCUAAUGGAGGAAGUACUGCAUCCAUUGGAGAAAGACUUGGUGAAAUUACUGUGACAUUGAGAGCCAAAUUCCGAAAUUACAUGCAAGCGGUUGUUGAGAAGCUUUCGGAGAAUACCCGUAUGCAAAAUACCACAAAGCUCAAAAAGAUCAUUCAGGAUUCAAAAGAGUUGGUGAUUGAAUCUGAUAUUCGCAGCAGGAUGCAGGCGUUGAAGGAUCAGCUAAUUCAGGCGAUGAAUCAUGUGCACAAAGUCUCAGAAGUACAUGUUUUUGUAGCCAUAUGCCGAGGUUUUUGGGAUCGGAUGGGACAGGAUGUGUUGAGUUUCCUGGAGAAUCACAAAGAAAACAAAGCCUGGUAUAAAGGCGCACGAGUCGCAGUCUCAGUAUUGGAUGAUACUUUUGCAUCCCAGCUGCAACAGCUGCUCGGUAAUACACUCCCACAGAAGGACCUAGAGCCACCCAGAUCCAUCAUGGAAGUUCGCUCUAUUCUCUGCAAAGAUGCACCGCGUCAGAAGAAUUCUAGUUUCUACUACUGAUCAAUUGUUGUGUACAUACAAGUCAUGCGCAGAGGAAAGGCCGAAGUGAGGAUGGGGGGGGGGGGGGGGAUCGUUGUAAAGAGGAAGAAACAAUAGACCACGGGUCUACAGGAGGCUCCAUGGAGAUGGGAGUACAUGAUCAGAGAAGGUAACCUGUUGUGUUAAUCCAUCAAUUAGCUUUGCUGGUUAACCGGGCUCAAAUAUGUUCCCAUUGCCUGUGGGAUGAUCUACAUUCAGAAUUUAUCGUCCAAGUGACAUUGUAGGUUAGCUCCUUUGGUAGCACCUAGCUGAGCUUUUGCUACUGCUGUGUUUUUGAACCUGCUGUCUGGUUUAUAGGUAUUCUUUUUUUCUUACUUGGAAAAUCGAGGGUGAGAUAUUUGGGGGGUGAUUGGUUGCUAUCAUGAAUGUAUCCUGUUCCGAC